AUGUACCGCCAGUGUCUCGCGUUUAUCUCGGCAGUUAUUCUUAGUGAUCGCACCCAAUUUUGUGGACUAUAUCGCAGCGAGAGUAACGCUAUACCGCGGGGGAGCCGCGAGCGAUCGCUAGCGAGAAGCCUUGGCUAUAUCGCGUGCGGCCCGCUGCGAUAUCGGCAAUUAUGUUAGGUGCGAAAUCGGCAGCUCGAGCUGGAGCCAGGCUUGUGCGUCAGGCCGGGCGGCCCGGGCCGGCCUGGUCCGGGCUUUGGGCUUCAUUUUCAGGAAAAAAAAAAGCCCGCGUGGGCUCGGGCCGGGCCAGGCUUCGAAAAAAAAAAAUUAAAAAAAAAUCCACUUGAAAUUUUUCACCGAAAUGUUACUUUUACUUUUGAAACCAUAGUUUUUGUUAAACUUUGAGUGAAAAAUUGAGCAAAAACGUAAUUUUUGUCGGAGAAAAACUUGAUAUCGACUAGAAAAAAAUUGCGCGUUUUGUGCCGGGCGGGCCAUUUUUUCUUGAGGUCUCGCUAAGGCCGGGCUCACGAAAUGGUCGGGGGGCCGGGAGGGUGACGGGCCGGCCCUCGCACAAGCCUGGCUGGAGCUAGCUUAAGCAGCAAGCAAGCUUUCAUAAAUACUUCAAGGUUUUAUGUUUUCAUCUAAGUUAUGUGUUAUUACAGGAGAUGGACCUUUCCCCUGCAUCAUGGAUAUGUCAGGAACUGGCGGCGGUAUUCAUGAACACAAGGUUUUUUUGUCCAAAUUUUAUCGAUACUUUUUCUUUUUGUGAGCGAAUGAAACAACGUUUUCAAGGGAUCUAUGCUCGCUUCUGAAGGAUUCGUAGUACUAUGCGUUGCCUACUUUCAGUAUAAAGAUCUUCCUGACAAAGUCGAAGAUAUCGACGUUGAAUAUUUCAAGGUUUUUCUCAACUAACGUUGUCACGAGAGUUAAACAAAGAAAAACUCAGAAACCCGUAGAAUUUCUGCUGAGUUUACCAUACAUCGGCGAUCGAUUCGGAAUUCAAGGUGUCUCAUUUGGCGGAACUUUAGUGGAUAUUCUGACUGCACGCUUUCCAGAGGUUUUUCGAAAGUUGCCUGUAUCUAAAAAAAUGAAAGUUCCAGUUUAAAGCGGCUGUAGUGAUCAAUGGGCCACAUCUGCAAUGCAGUUACUACAAUAUCAAAGAAAAAGGAAAGCCUAUGCCCACCGUACAGUGAGUCAAUCAGAAAGUUUUCAUGGUAGCUAAAAAAAUCUUUCAGUGUUGAUGAUACGAGGUGGUAUUUUUUGAAUAAUGUGCUGGCCACGCAUCUCUGUCACCGCACUUUGACCGACAACAUCACCGAUGAAGCAGAAACUCCCUGGGAAAAGGUUCCCAAGGACUGCGCUUUUCGACUUGUGGUGAGUUUUUUUUUUUGCUUUUUCACUUUUUUCAUAUCAGGUAGCGAAGUUUCCAUUCAAAAAAAAAUUCUUUGGUUCCGGAAAAAAGUUUCGAAAGAAUCACGAUAAUAAAAAGUUCAUUAAACGAAAUAAGAGAAAUUUAGAGGUUAAUGGAUUUUGACACAACCUUCUCAUAAAAAUGUCUUAAAACGCGAGUUUGGAAAAAAAAAUUUUGAACAGCCUCUGGUCUGAAACGAUCUUGUUGCUAAGAAAUCCUAAAAUUAGUUUUUUUUUGUUUUGCAGGGAUCCGUAGACGAUUUGGUGUCCCCUUCUAUCCAUACGUCGCUCUACCGGCAAAGGAGGCUACGAGAAACCGGUCACCAAGCCGAGGUUCACCUUUGCAACCCCUGAUCAUUGGAAAAGUUUCACUUCCAGGUGGAAUUAGUGAAUGGAGGUCAUAUUAUGGAACCGCCUUACUUCCCUCAUCACGAGCUAGUCUACGCCAAAUUUCAAGGUUUUCAAAAGAAAUAUUCAAGGCUCGUUUGAAUGAGAAUUUACAGCUUUCUAUUGCGGUUACGGUGGAGAAGUAGUCUUGCACGGAAAAAGCCAGGAAAAGUCCUGGGCGAAUACAAUCAAAUUCUUCAAAAAAACGCUGGGAGAACCGCCGAAAAUGCCUGACUGGGACCGUUUGACUCACGUCGUCAAUCCCAACGAAAACCGAAGUCGUUUGUAG